AAGGUCAACGAAAUUGACGGUUUCUGAUCCACAAACGUCACCUGUGAUAUCAGUCGAUGAAGUGAUGGAAUGGAUCUGACGGUCCAGAUUAAUCUAAGGAUCAUCUUACUCAUGCACCCGCGAUGUAGAAUAUUACUAAAUUAAAUAAAAUCAGGAAAAAUCACUUUCAUACUCGAUGCAUUUUGCAGUCCCGCACAUGGACCCUCUCUCUCUCUCUCUCUCUCUCUCUUCUCUCUCUCUCUCUCUCACACACACACACACACAGAAUAUGUCUACGCAAAUAUUCUAACAGCUUCCGUGCUGAAAAACUACCCCAAACAACAACAAAAUCUUCUCACUCACACUCACACGCACACACACACACAAUUGUGCGUGGAGUGUAUACAUACAUAUAUACGUAUAUAUAUGUGUAUAUAUAAGAGCAUGCAUACACAGAGAAAACGAUUUCGUCAUACACGCUGAGAAGGUGUAAAAGUAAUUUAAUUCGAGAAUCGAAAUCGAAAUGAGGGAUUUAGGGAAAGAGAUGUUGUCGAAGCAGCAGGAAAUCGAAGAAGAGGAAGAAAUAAGGAAGCUGCUUCUAGGAAUCAUGGAGGAUUAUUACGACUCUGUAAUUCCGCCAUUGUCCUUCUUUUCUCCUUCGUCGGGAAUUUCCGUCGCUGAUCAAAAAUCGGGGACAAAAAGGCAGAGGAAUGAAGAUUCGUGCGACGAAAAUUCGCUCAAGGAACGGAAACGAAGAGAGAAGCUUAGCGGCAACUUCUCUGUUCUUACAUCCAUGGUGCCUAAUCUCUCCAACAAUUAUAAGCCCACAAGAGAGACGGUUAUAAACGAGGCGGUGAACUACAUUAAACACCUCGAAGAAGAGGCGAAGAGGUUGGAGGGCCUAAAGCAAUUUCAGCUCGAAGAGCCAAUGAUGGAAAGUCCUGUUCUCCUAAAAUGUACGAAUCAGAAUUCAUCUGUGAAAGUCGCAGUCUCGAGUGAGUCCACAUUCCUCUCCGUUCAACUUCCGUCUAGACGUGGUUCGGCGCUCAAGAUAGUAAAGGUAAUCGAGAAGCAUCGGGCUCGGGUUUUGGAGGCAAGAAUAUGUGUUAAUGAGCAGCGGCAACUAACUUUCACAGCCACGAUAACACUGGGAAAAGGUGGAGGUAGUAGUACUAUUGACAAGAUAAGGGAAGAAAUAUUAUCUUUAUAGAUAUUUAU